GGCUCACAUGGAAAAUGCAUUCCGCUCAGGUCAUUGGCCAUCAGACGCUCAAUACUGAGAACAUAGAAAGGGAACUCUUUUAAACCUGUUUGAUAAGGAACAUGUAUCUGUGGUCAAUAUAACCACAUCAACCUGUUUCAUCCGUGGAUAUUGGUUGGAGAGGAGAAGGAGACGAGGGACAUACAUAUAGGGUAUAGUAAAUAUAGGGAGUAAAUAUAGGGUAUAGUCCACUUGAAGAGUUUGGGAACCCUGUUUUAAUUUACUAAAAUGUCAAGCGAGUGGAGGAAUGAUGGCUCUCUACCUCCAUUACGUGAUGCAGUAGAGGGGUUGAGAGGCAGUUGGAAUAUGAGGAUGGACCCCAGGGAUACCUACCCUACUACCAGGGGCUGUCUCCGGACAGAAUGUCCUUGGUGCAUGAGAUGGAAGAGGAGUGCUAGUAUACUGAGGAGGUUUUUGCCUGAUGUAUGGAAGCCUCUGGUGCCAUUACUCAGCUAUAGUGCCACCCUAUUGGUCAUGGUGUUGUAUGCCCUGGCAGAUCGGCUCCGCAGCUUUGUUGCUGAUAUCUUCAUUCCCCAGUACCACUACCAGUUUGCUGUACCAAUCACAUUUGUCCAGGUGCUGGUGACUCUGCUAUACUUGCUGCUCCUCCAUGCCAUGGGCCUGGCACCACUGAAGCCCUACUCUUUGUCUCUGGGUGAACGCCUGCUUGUGCCUUCUGUCUGUGGCAGUGCCCAAACUGUGCUGGGUGUGUGGGCAGAGGCCAGUGCCCACUCUGGCAUGUACGCCCUCACCAUGCGCCUGCUGCCCCUGCUCUGUGUGGGCUGGAGUCACGGCCUGCGGCUGGCAGUACCGCCAUCAGUCCACCUAACAGGCCUUAUCACGGUCAUCACUUUCACCUCCGUCACUAUCACAGCGUCUCAGGGUCUCCCGUCAGUGGAGGUUCUGGAGUGUCUCUACGCCCCGCUGGCCCUCCUUCUCCACAGCCUUUCUCUGACAUGGCUGGCCAAGGUGGCUGAGACCGAGCACCGGCACCACAGCAGCUCCCAUACCUCGCCUUUUGACCUGUACUUCACCCUGAUGGUGAACCAGAGCCUGGUGCUUGGCUUCCUGUGCCUGCUGCACCCAGAGGGCCCCCGGGCACUGGGCGAGGGUAGCUGGCACAGCCUGCUCUUCAUGGGCUACCUGCUGGCAAUACUGCUGCUGGGAGCUCUACAGCACCUCUUGGUGGACAUGGCCGCUCUGACCUUCUCUCCGCUGGUUGCAGCGCUACUCCACACGGCACACGGAUUAACAAGACCGUUGUACAGCCUGAUGAUCCAACAUGGAGGAGGAUGAAGUUGACUCUAGAGGCUAGUCAGAAGUCAGUUGCCUCCCUCAAAUCAAAUUGCAUUUGUCACAUACACAUGGUUAGCAGAUGUUAAUGCGAGUGUAGCAAAAUGCUUGUGCUUCUG